ACAAAGCCGUCCCCGUCCCCAACUCCAGCAACAACCGCCGAUACUUCGCAAUCAGGUCCUCCGAUUCCUCUCCCGCAGACUCAGAAACCCUAGACCAUCCCAUCUUCUUCCCGCACGCGACGAGCGAAUCCAAGGUUUCUCGGCGGUAGCGCGCGCUGGAUCUGGCGCGGCAGCUCCCGGAGGCCGCGUACUACUGCCUGCUCUUCGCGGCGUCGGCGGCCGUGCUCGGGCUCCUCGGCGGCGUUGCGCGCUAUAUGCUUCCCCGCAAGCGGGAGAUCGUCGCGGGCGAGGUCGAGGACUUGCAGAAGAAGACCCGCGCCGGGGAGGAGGCAGAGGACGCCGCAGCCAUGGCACCGCCCAAGGGGAUGGAGAUCGAUGAGGACCUCCACAGCCGCCAGCUCGCCGUCUACGGGCGCGAGACCAUGAAGCGCCUCUUCGCCUCCAACGUCCUCGUCUCGGGACUCCAGGGCCUCGGUGUCGAGAUCGCAAAGAACCUUGUGCUAGCGGGUGUCAAGUCUGUAACCUUGCACGACGAAGGUAAUGUGGAGCUAUGGGACUUAUCAAGCAACUUCUUCCUCUCGGAGAAUGAUGUUGGGCAAAAUCGUGCUCAAGCUUGCGUACAGAAGCUGCAAGAGCUUAACAAUGCUGUUCUCAUCUCUGCUUUGACCGGCGAUUUGACCAAGGAGCAACUUUCUAAAUUUCAGGCCGUGGUCUUUACUGAUAUCAGCUUAGAAAAGGCAGUUGAGUUUGAUGAUUACUGCCAUAGUCAUCAGCCACCCAUUGCUUUCAUCAAGUCUGAAGUUCGCGGUCUUUUUGGCAGCGUGUUUUGUGAUUUCGGUCCUGAGUUUACAGUUUUAGAUGUGGAUGGAGAGGAACCACAUACAGGAAUUGUUGCAUCGAUCAGUAAUGACAAUCCAGCACUUGUGUCCUUUGUGGAUGAUGAGCGUGUGGAGUUCCAGGAUGGUGAUCUAGUUGUUUUCUCUGAAGUCCAUGGAAUGACUGAGCUGAAUGAUGGGAAGCCAAGAAAGGUCAAGAAUGCAAGGCCUUUCUCAUUUCAGUUAGAAGAAGACACCUCUUCGUUUGGCGCAUAUGUUAGAGGUGGCAUCGUCACACAGAUCAAGCUACCAAAAGUUAUUAAAUUCAAACCCUUGAAAGAGGCCAUGGUAGAGCCAGGAGAAUUUCUCAUGAGUGAUUUCUCCAAAUUCGAGCGCCCACCUCUUCUGCAUUUGGCAUUCCAAGCUUUGGAUAAGUUUAGGAGUGAGCUGAAGAGAUUCCCUGUUGCUGGGUCUAGUGAUGAUGUGCAAAAGGUGAUAGAGUAUGCUGAUAGCAUUAAUGAAACUCUGGAUGAUAAGAAACUUGAAGGAAUUGACAAAAAGCUCCUGCACCAUUUUGCCAGUGGUUCCAGGGCUGUUCUGAACCCUAUGGCUGCAAUGUUUGGUGGUAUUGUAGGUCAGGAGGUCGUGAAAGCAUGCUCAGGGAAAUUCCAUCCACUGUAUCAGUUCUUCUAUUUUGAUUCUGUCGAGUCUCUCCCUGUUGACCCCCUGGAACCUAGUGAUUUGAAGCCAGAGAACACUAGAUAUGAUGCUCAAAUCAGUGUAUUUGGAUCUAAGCUUCAGAAGAAACUGGAGGAAGCAAAAAUCUUUAUGGUUGGUUCUGGGGCACUUGGAUGUGAAUUUUUGAAGAACCUGGCGCUAAUGGGUAUUUCUUGCAGUCAGAAUGGAAGGCUGACUGUGACAGAUGAUGAUGUUAUUGAAAAGAGCAAUCUGAGUCGCCAGUUCCUUUUCCGUGACUGGAACAUUGGACAGCCAAAGUCCACGGUUGCUGCCACUGCUGCUAUGGAAAUUAAUCCUAAGCUUCAUGUUGAGGCCCUUCAGAACAGAGCAAGCCCCGAGACCGAAAAUGUGUUUAAUGAUGCCUUCUGGGAGAACCUUGAUGCUGUUGUCAAUGCCCUUGACAAUGUGACUGCAAGAUUGUACAUAGACUCAAGAUGUCUGUAUUUCCAGAAGCCACUGUUGGAAUCUGGGACUCUGGGUGCUAAAUGCAAUACACAGAUGGUCAUCCCUCACUUAACAGAGAACUAUGGGGCGUCGAGGGAUCCACCUGAAAAGCAAGCACCUAUGUGUACUGUGCAUUCAUUUCCUCACAAUAUUGAUCAUUGCCUAACCUGGGCUAGGUCUGAGUUUGAGGGUUUACUUGAGAAGACUCCCACUGAAGUAAAUGCGUUUCUGUCAAAUCCUACUACGUAUGUAAGUGCUGCAAGAACUGCUGGUGAUGCACAAGCUAGAGAUCAGCUUGAACGUGUUAUUGAGUGUCUUGACAGAGACAAGUGUGAGACGUUCCAAGAUUCUAUUACCUGGGCCCGGCUUAAGUUUGAGGAUUACUUCUCCAAUCGUGUGAAGCAGCUGGCAUUUACUUUCCCAGAAGACUCAAUGACCAGCUCUGGUGCUCCUUUCUGGUCUGCUCCAAAGCGGUUCCCACGACCUGUGGAGUUCUCGUCUAGUGAUCAAAGUCAGCUUAGCUUUAUUUUGGCUGCUUCAAUAUUAAGGGCAGAAACUUUUGGAAUACCCAUACCAGAGUGGGCCAAAACCCCAAACAAGCUUGCUGCUGAAGCUGUCGACAAGGUGAUAGUCCCUGAUUUCCAACCAAAACAGGGGGUUAAGAUAGUUACAGAUGAGAAGGCCACUAGUCUAUCCUCUGCAUCUGUUGAUGAUGCUGCUGUCAUUGAAGAGCUUAUUGCUAAGUUGGAAGACAUUUCCAAAAGACUGCCAUCAGGGUUCCACAUGAACCCAAUACAGUUUGAGAAGGAUGAUGACACUAAUUUCCAUAUGGAUGUUAUAGCUGGUUUUGCCAACAUGCGGGCAAGAAACUACAGUAUUCCUGAAGUGGACAAGCUGAAAGCCAAGUUUAUAGCUGGCAGGAUCAUCCCAGCUAUCGCCACCGCAACUGCAAUGGCCACUGGCCUUGUCUGCCUCGAGCUUUACAAAGUCCUUGCUGGUGGACACAAGGUUGAAAAUUACCGCAACACAUUUGCGAACCUCGCGAUCCCCCUCUUCUCGAUUGCUGAGCCAGUCCCGCCCAAGACCAUUAAGCAUCAAGAACUGUCAUGGACAGUCUGGGACCGGUGGACUGUGACCGGCAACAUCACACUGAGGGAGCUCCUGGGGUGGCUCAAAGAAAAGGGCCUGAACGCUUACAGCAUAUCCUGUGGCACUUCGCUGCUGUACAACUCCAUGUUCCCCAGACACAAGGAACGGCUGGACAGGAAGGUGGCAGAUGUUGCCAGGGAUGUGGCAAAGAUGGAGGUGCCUUCUUACAGGCGCCAUCUCGAUGUUGUGGUGGCUUGUGAGGAUGAUGACGAUGAAGACGUCGACAUCCCACUUGUUUCGGUCUACUUCCGCUGAAGGCCUUCAUCUGCAUUUAUACCGCCUUGUGGUUGGUCUUGUCAAAAUGAUAGACAGGGUAUCACUUUAUGGCUUACUGUAAGCUGAGUGGGGUUUAAGCCACAUCACUGACUUCCCUAUCAUCUCGAUAUUGCUUGUUCGGCUCAUUGGGUCAGAUCUGGUGUUGUUACUGGACAUCACGAGACUAGUUUACUGGCUUACAGCAUGGCCUUGAUAAUUAUUGUUUGAUGCACAACUAAAAUGGGUCCUUUGUUUUGUUGGCAAAUGUUGUCUGAAUUUUCUUUC